AUGAAAGCCCCGAAGAGGACACCAUGGUCAUCACGAUCAGAGCUUGAAGAGCUGUACGAGAUGCUGUUCGCACCUGAUGCGGAUGUCCAUUCCAGGCGUAGAGGACUAGCUAGAAUGAGCAUAUACAUCUCUUCCCCCUCUUGUCCCACUUUCAUUCACCUCUUACAUUCCUUGGUGUCCGUCGAGCUGUUACCUUACCCACCAAAAGGAGUGGAAGAAUCUCAGAGAUCCAGGAUGAUGAUUGGAAUGGCUAUUGUGCGAUUUAUCAACGGUUUAGUUGAUCCUCUACAGAAUGGUCCCUACGCCCGUCCAAUAUCCCAUCUCGCCUCAUCACUAUCCAUCCCCCCAUCCCUCAUUGCCCUAAGACAUCGAGCAACCCACGAAGACCUCCCUCCAUUGGCGUUACUACACCAAUCGCUUCUCUCCUGCAUAUCAUACUUACAUUACUACUCAUUCCUCCCUCUUCUCUCUUCUUCGUCGACUUCGGCAUCUCUCCCUCCGGGAGUACUAGAACGGAUGAAAGAGGAUGAACGGAGGGUAGAAGGGUUGAUCAGGAGAUGGAAGAAAGUUAUCAAAUUCAGGUUAAGGGAGAAAGAAGUAAGGGAGCAAGAUCAAUCUGCGUUGGAAUUGAAUAAGAUCAAAGGAUCGUUACAGAAUCAUCAUUUGGGGUUGAUAGUGAAUGUGUUGAUUGGUGAAGUUGGUUUGGUACCUUCGUCUGUACAAAAGAGAGCCCCUCUUACAUCUACCAUACCGACAACACCAUCAUUGAAAAUCUGGUUACCCCUUCUUCAACACUUGCAGCAGACUUCUCAUUCGGAUUUACCUUCUCAACUAUCCUCGAGAAUACUGGAUAUUCUAUUGAAUCCCGAAUCUCAGAGUCAGAUACAAGUCAAUGGCUAUUCCGGUCAUGGUAGUGCAGAAGAUGUGAAUACGAAAGAGAAGCUGAACGAUCAACGGAGUUUCAGGUGGAAUCUGGCCAUAUGGUUGAUCUGGUUGUGGAAAAAUGAAGAGGAAGGAGAAGAAACAUUGCGAUUGAUGGAAGAAGAGAAAAUGGAAGUGUUGAAGAAGGUUUUAGCUUCCAUGUUGGAAUUACAUGAUGAUGAAGUUGUACGUCGUUUGUUCAAGGUACUUUCGGCGGAUGGAAAUCACUCAAACAUCAAUGGGAUGGACGGUUUUUUACCUGAGAUUGAAAUGGAAGAAGAAGACGAAGGUCUAAAAGGAUUGGAAAUAGGAAUGGACCUGGACAACGAUAACCCUUCGGUGGAUGAUGCAAAUUUAGAAAGGAUGGAAGAAAGGUUGAAGGAAUUCGAGACUAUAAUUGAAAAGCGAAGAAGAACAGCAGCUUCAACGGUUACGAGACCUGAUGUCAAUAUAUCGAUGACGGACAAGGAUUCUGCGACUCCAUUGUCGACAUUACCGGCAGGCUGGCGUAAAUUAUCGUAUGAGGAAUGGAAGCCUUGCCCAAUAGGUCUGAGCGGUAUCCCAUAA